AUGAUUAUCAUCAUAGAUCUUAUCUUAAUGUUAAUAGAUUUAACGUAUUCCAUCAUCAGCGCAAUUAUUCGUACUUUGUUGCGGCCACGUCUUAAGUCAGUCGACGGCGAGCUGUGUUUGAUCACAGGCGCCGGGGGUGGACUAGGGAGGCUGUUCGCUUUGGAAUUCGCUAAAGAGGGUGCUGAACUUGUUUUAUGGGACUGCAACACUGAAGCUAAUGAACUCACCGCCAAACUUGUGCGAGAGAAGGGGGUCAAGGCGCACACAUACACCGUUGACCUCUCCCGACGUGACAACAUUUAUCAGACGGCCGAGCUGGUGCGAAAAGAAGUGGGUGAUGUCACCAUGUUGGUAAAUAACGCGGGGGUAGUGGCCGGGCGUCGGAUGCUCGAAUGCCCCGAUGAACUACUGGAAAGAACGUUGCUGGUCAACUGCCACGCUCUAUUCUGGAUGACAAAAGCAUUUCUGCCCCACAUGAAAGCAAGAAAUCAUGGGCACAUUGUUACAGUUGCUAGCACUUUGGGUCUUUUUAGCACUGCUUGUGUGGAGGACUACUGUGCCAGUAAAUUUGGAGCUGUUGGUUUCCAUGAGUCUCUGACCCAUAGCUUGUUGGCUGAGGAGGGUUUGGAUGGUAUAAAAACCACUUUGAUUUGCCCUUACAUCGUUAACACAGGCAUGUUUGCUGGAUGUAAGAUCAGAGAGGAGCUACAGGGUUUGAUUCCACCUCUGGAUCCUUUGUACUGUGUUCAGCAGUCCAUGAACGCUAUCCUCUCAGAUCAGCCAAUGGUCUGCAUUCCCCGCGUCAUGUACAUAGCCUUCCUUUCCCGAGCGCUGCUCCCGUGGGAUGCCAACGUGGCGACCUAUCGUUUCAUGGGAGGGGAUAAGUGCAUGUACUCCUUCAUCAAAACCAAGGAACAGAAUACCAACGGUCACGUGAAACCCUGUUAG